AUGCGGCACGGAAGUAGAGGAGGAGGAGGAAGGGGUGGACGUAACGACAAUAAGCGCCAUAAGAAGGGCGAUAUGGGAAGAGGGGAGUACUUUGACACGAACCCAGACCGUCGACAGAAAAACACUGAUGCGCAGGAGCGUCGUUUGAGGGACGGUGCACAAGGGCAAGGCAUUAUCUUCCCAAAAGAGGAGAUCGAAGCGGAACAGCGACGACCGAAGCAUAAAGUUGCCGUGAUGAUCGGCUACUCUGGGACUGGUUACAAGGGCAUGCAGAUCUCGGGAAGUGAGAAGACCAUUGAAGGUGACCUUUUCGAGGCCUUCGUCAGGGCGGGUGCCAUUAGCAAGGCCAAUGCAGAGGACCCGAAGAAGAGCAGUUUCGUGCGGUGUGCAAGAACGGAUAAAGGUGUACAUGCUGCCGGGAACAUGAUCAGUCUCAAACUGAUCGUGGAGGAUGAGAACAUCGUCGAGAAGAUCAACGCAGAGCUGAGUUCGCAGAUUCGCGUGUGGGGUAUCGAGAGGACGAUCGGAAGCUUCUCAUGCUACCAAGCGUGUGACAGCCGAUGGUACGAAUACCUGAUCCCGUCACACGCAUUUUUACCUCCACACCCAAGUGGAUGGCUGGCGAAGCAGCUGGAAGCAUUAGCAGAUCAGGCCGAUGAUCGGGCAGGUUACGAAUCUCGACAGGAGGAAGUGAAGGGAUUUUGGGAAAAGGUGGACGAAGAGCAUAUCAAGCCUAUUCUGGAUAGCAUCGAUGAGGACAUACGGUGGGAUGUUGUCAAAGCGCUCCAGGGCGAGGAAGAAGCCAGCGCAAAAGUCGUGCAAAGCGAGGAUACAGAGCAGAAGACCACGACUGUCGCGAAGCCACAAGCAACCCCAGAGGAGAUCGACCGAACGCAACGUCUGCGUGCAGCCACUCGCCGCCUUCGUAAUGCAUACACAGCGGCCAAGCGUCACUACCGCAUUCCCACGAGACGCAUUGAGCGCAUCCAAGAUGCUCUGUCUCAAUACGUCGGCACUCGCAACUACCACAACUACACCAUUCAAAAGACGUACAAAGAUCCCAGUGCGAAGCGUCACAUCAAGUCCUUCACAGUCAAUCCCAAGCCGAUCCUCAUUGGCGAAGGACCCGACGAAGAGAAGAGCGAAUGGCUGAGUCUGAAGGUUCAUGGCCAGAGCUUCAUGAUGCAUCAAAUUCGCAAGAUGGUCGGCAUGGUCACACUGCUCGUUCGCAGCGGCUCGAACAUCAGGCCCACUAUGCUCGACAGCUUUUCGGAGAACCGCUACUCGAUUCCCAAGGUUCCAGGUCUUGGUCUCCUGCUCGAGCGUCCGGUCUUUGACACAUACAACAACCUUUCCGCAACUAAACAUGGUCGCGAAAAGUUGAUAUUUUCCAAGUACGACAAAGAUCUCGAGGCGUUCAAGGAGAGGGAGAUCUACCAGAGAAUCUUCCGUGAGGAGGAAGAGAGAAACGAGUUUGGGAGGUUCUUCAGUCACAUUGACAACUUCAAAGAUGGCUACUUUUUAUACGUCACCUCGAUGGGAUUGGAGGCCACGAAAGGAUCUUCGAGGAAGCCUCUCGAGGAGAGCGGAGGAGAGGAGAGUGGUGGUGAGAACUGA